CAAGACGUAUGUCUGCGCUACCGUCGACAUGUUUUCACGAUUGUCACCCUCGCUAUUGGUCUCAUUUCUGUUGCACUUGGGCAUCAUGUCCGCUCAGCAGAACCGGAUUCGGACAUUUCCAGAUUGCGUGAACGGUCCACUUGCGUCCCAUGCGAUAUGUGAUAUCUCGAGGUCGCCCCCAGAAAGAGCUGCUGCUCUUGUGGCUUUGAUGGAACCCGAAGAAAAGCUCGAGAAUCUGAUCAGUCAGUCCAAUGGAUCCACGCGACUCGAAUUACCUUUCUACAACUGGUGGAACGAGGCAUUAUACGGUGUAGCCUACGCACCUGGUAUCCGUUUUGCGGAUUCGGGCCCCUUCAGCAGCGCUACAUCCUUCCCCGUGCCCGUUCUGUUGGCUGCCAGCUUUGAUGAUGACCUCAUAGAAGAUGUCGGGACAAUCAUCGGAACGGAAGCCCGCGCGUGGGGAAAUGCCGGGUACUCAGGUGUCGACUUCUGGACCCCAAACGUCAACCCUUUCAAGGAUCCCCGGUGGGGACGUGGCUCGGAGACCCCGGGCGAGGAUGUGCUGCGCGUCAAGCGCUACGCGGAACGUAUUCUUCGAGGUCUCGAGGGCACCGAAGAAGAGAGACGCAUCAUUGCAACUUGCAAGCACUAUGCUGGCAAUGACUUUGAAGACUGGAACGGGACCACGAGACAUGACUUCAACGCCAUUAUCUCCCCUCAAGACAUGGCUGAGUACUAUCUGGCACCUUUCCAGACUUGUGCUCGUGAUGCCAAGUGUGGUAGUCUCAUGUGCGCCUACAAUGCGGUCAAUGGUGUCCCCUCGUGUGCCAGCUCAUACUUACUCGAGGACAUCCUGCGCGAGCAUUGGGGCUGGACAGAGCACAACAACUAUGUCACCAGCGAUUGCGAAGCCGUUCUCGAUGUUUUUGCGAAUCAUAAGUAUGCAGAGACUAAUGCGGAGGGCACAGUUCUCUGCUUCAAGGCGGGAAUGGAUACAUCAUGCGAAUACACAUCCUCUUCUGAUAUUCCUGGUGCCUGGAGCCAAGGUCUCCUCGAUGAGGACACUGUGGACCGCGCUCUCGGUCGCUUGUAUGAGGGUCUCAUCCGAGCAGGGUACUUUGAUGGCAAGGCGUCGAUGUGGUCCGACCUGUCAUGGGAGGAUGUCAACACACCCCGCGCGCAAGAACUCGCGCUCCAAGCAGCAACCGAGGGAAUUGUGUUGCUCAAAAACGACGGCACGCUUCCCCUCAACCUUGAACAAGAUACGACAGUUGCUAUGAUUGGUUUCUGGGCUGAAGAUGCGUCCAAGUUGCAAGGGGGCUACAACGGCCGCGCCCCAUUCCUCAACUCGCCUGUUGAUGCCGCGCGCGAGAUGGGACUCAACAUCAACGUGGCUGGCGGCCCCAUUCUGGAGGACGUGAGCGCACCUGACAACUGGACAGUGUCAGCUCUUGACGCAACUGAAGACGCUGAUUACAUCGUGUACUUUGGCGGUUUCGACACAUCUCUCGCUGGCGAAACCCUUGAUCGCACUCACCUUGACUGGGCCCCCGCUCAAGCUGCUCUCAUCAGAGACCUUGGAGCUCUUGGGAAACCUCUCAUCAUUGUUCAGCUUGGAGACCAGUUAGAUGAUUCCGAGUUUUUGGAUGCCGACUGGGUGAGCAGCAUAUUUUGGGCAUCAUGGCCCGGACAAGAUGGUGGGACUGCUAUUAUGAACCUCAUCACCGGAGAAGCCAGCCCUGCCGGUCGACUUCUCGUCACGAUGUUCCCAUCCAACUACACCGACAUUAUCCCAAUGACCGACAUGAGCCUUCGCCCAACAAAUGGUUUGCCCGGGCGCACAUACCGCUGGUAUCCGACCCCUGUGAGGCCCUUUGGCUAUGGUCUGCACUAUACUGAGUUUGACGCUUCUUUUGUGUCGUUGUGCAACUCGACUCUUGACAUUCAGUCACUGGUCUUUGGUUGCGACGACGAGCAUCUCGACAUGUGUCCACUUCCAUCCAUCCCCAUACGCGUGACAAACAGCGGCGAGCGGACCUCUGACUUUGUUGCGCUCAUGUAUGUUAAGUCUGAGAACGGGCCCGAGCCGCAUCCAAUCAAGACGCUGUCAGCAUACAGUCGACUGCAGGAGAUCAAGGCGGGUGAGACAAGACGGGCGCGCCUUGGUUGGAAGCUCGCCAAUCUUGCUCGUGUGGAUGAGCAGGGUAACACUGUGCUAUAUCCAGGAACCUACACUCUUAUGCUUGACGAACCGGCACAGGCUAGCAUUGAAAUCAAACUCACUGGUGAGGAGGCCAUUUUGGACGACUGGCCGGCGGACCCUGGA